CGAUUCCAUACUGCUCUGAGCCGCGCAGCAGGCCAAUAUUGAGACAACCGUUGAGUUUGGGUCGUUUUCUGACCGUGCAUAAGGCAGACAUAGUUUGGACAGCAGGAGACAGUCACGGUCCUAAGCAGAUAGUACAGCUCCUACAAUGGCCACCAGGCGAGCAAUCUCGAAUCGAGCAUUGCAAAGCAUCACACUCCGGCCAGCCGCCACGAAAGCAUCGAGGGUCAGCAGAAUGUCGCAACCACGAGAUAUAUCUACCACGGCGGUGCGAAGACUGCAAGCGACGACUUCGCACCUGCAACAAGCAGCAGCAACAACUACCACCGCAAGCACACCAACUUCAUACCCAACUAGCCAUGACCAGCUCCAGCAACCCAUGGACACGCAGAUGUUUGUGGACAACAAAUUCGUGUCAUCUCAAGCUACCCAAUGGAUCGAUCUCUACGACCCAGCGACCAACAACCUCGUCACUCGCGUACCCCAAAAUACCGACGCCGAAAUGAAGGCGGCCGUCGACAGUGCAGAGAAGGCGUUCCCGGCAUGGAAGGCGACAAGCAUACUGGCCCGGCAAGGAAUUAUGUUCAAGUAUGUGGCCUUGAUCAGAGAACACUGGGACCGUCUUGCUGCGAGCAUCACUCUCGAGCAGGGCAAGACGUUCGCGGAUGCAAAGGGUGACGUUCUUCGGGGUCUGCAAGUAGCGGAGACGGCAUGCGGCAUCACCACUCAGAUUCAAGGCGAGGUGCUCGAAGUCGCCAAAGAUAUGGAGACGCGGAGUUACCGUGAGCCUCUCGGUAUUGUGGCCGCCAUCUGCCCGUUCAACUUCCCGGCUAUGAUUCCAUUAUGGACCAUACCAAUUGCGACGAUCACUGGCAACACUUGCAUCAUCAAGCCGUCCGAGCGUGACCCGGGCGCAUGUAUGAUCCUCGCCGAGCUCGCGGAGAAGGCUGGGUUCCCUCCAGGCGUGAUCAACAUUAUUCACGGCGCAGCCAAGACUGUCGACUUCAUCCUCGACGAGCCUCGCAUCAAAGCCAUCUCGUUCGUCGGCAGCAACAGGGCAGGCGAAUACAUUUACCAACGCGCCAGCGCGAACGGCAAGCGUGUGCAAGCCAACCUGGGCGCGAAGAAUCACUGUGCGGUCAUGCCUGACUGCAACAAGAACCACGCACUUAAUGCGAUCGCAGGCGCGGCGUUUGGUGCCGCAGGACAAAGGUGUAUGGCGCUUAGUACUCUCGUUUUUGUCGGUGAGACUAAAGACUGGGCGCCGGAGAUUGCGGAGAGAGCGCAGCAACUCAGCAUGAACGGUGGGUUUGAAGAGGGUACUGACCUGGGCCCGGUCAUUAGCCCGCAGGCGAAGGAAAGGAUCGAGGGCUUGAUUGCGAGCGCGGAAAAGGAAGGCGCGACAAUUGUAUUGGACGGCCGAGGCAAGAAGCCGGAGAAGUAUCCUAACGGCAACUGGAUCGGUCCAACAAUCAUCGCAAAUGUCACCCCUGAAAUGACGUGCUACAGGGAAGAAAUCUUCGGCCCCGUCCUCGUCUGCGUCAACGUGCCCACGUUCGAAGACGCGGUCCAACUGAUCAACAGCAACGAGUACGGCAACGGCGUCGCCAUCUUCACGCGGUCCGGCAGCACGGCACAACGCUUCCAGAAGGAAAUCGAGGCCGGACAAGUUGGGAUCAAUGUUCCUAUUCCGGUACCAUUGCCCAUGUUCAGCUUCACGGGGAACAAGAAGAGCGUGGCGGGUGGUGGUGCGAAUACGUUUUACGGCAAGCCGGGCAUGAUGUUCUACACGCAGCAGAAGACUGUGACGAGCUUUUGGCGCGCGGAUGAUGCGUUGAGCACACGCGCGAAGGUGAAUAUGCCGACGCAGUCGUAGUAUGACUUCCAGCUUGGUUGUUUGGCUUAUUUGGGAUUGGCAAUGUACAGUCUACCGCCAGCAUGGUUGGAAAGGGUCAUAGUUCAGAUAACGAAAGCCU